UUACUCCAAGCAACCAGAGAUGGGAAAAACACAACUUUUACAUGUACAAGUAUAUUCACUUUUGAGAUUUACACUUUAACUAAUGUAAAAUCAUUGUCAUCUCCUAGUUUGGCUGGUGCAUCGAGUAAGGCGGGAAGAGAACCUGGAGGAUCACCUGGCACCUGUCAUUGCUAAUGCGUUGCCAACUAUGCACUAAAUGCAAUUUUUAGAUCUCAGAAAACGUUUUACGAAUUAGAAAAACUACCCAAAGUGCCAUCACUAGCAGAGACGCCAGCUUUUGUUGUGGAUCUGGUUGCCAUGGAAUCUGCGUGUAAACAACGCACCUGCAUUUAGGAAUUUUUAACAACUAUGCAGGAUUAACCAAUUCGGCUUGUGCAAUAAUGAGGGGUGUUCUUAAAUGGCUAGAACGCAUCGAGUUUCCUAACAGCAAAGAAAACGAGAUCAGUGUCCACAAUGUUUGCUACGCCCCCGAUGGUAGUCAAUUGGUGGUGGCUGCGGGGGAUCGGUUGCUCAUCUACGAUCCCAACGAUGGGUCCUUGCUUAACACCUUGAAAGCCCAUAAGGACACUGUCAAUUGUGUGGCCUACUCAAAAGAUGGCAAGAGAUUUGCCAGCGGAGCCUCCGAUAAAAUGGUCAUCGUGUGGUCUCCACAGCUUGAGGGACUGCUGAAGUAUUCGCAUGGCGACUCCAUUCAAUGCAUGAGCUUCAAUCCGGUUUCACACCACCUGGCUUCAUGUUCCCUAUCGGACUUCGCAUUCUGGUCGGCGGAUCAAAAGGCGGUGCAGAAAUACAAAAUAUCCGCCCGAGUUAAUGGGUGCUCCUGGACAAACGACGGUCAGUAUCUUAUACUGGGCCUGGCCAAUGGCACCAUAUCCAUUAGGAACAAGUUGGGCGAAGAAAAGGGACGCAUCGAUCGACCCGGUGGCCCCAACAGCAACGUCUUUAGUGUACAGUGCUGUCCGGCUAGUGGUCCGGGCAGUGUGGACACCAUUGGCGUGGUGGAUUGGGGUCAGACGUUGUCCUUUCAUACCUUAAGUGGUCAGAUGAUUGGCAAGGAGCGAACUCUGGGCUUCGAUCCUUUGUGUCUCCAGUACUUCCCCAAUGGUGAGUUUUGUUUGGUGGGUGGCUGCACUGGGGGACUCCAUUUCUUUACUAGGGAGGGAAUUCGGUUGGGCACGUUGGGCGACAGUUUCGACACCUGGAUCUGGACAGUAGCCCUACAUCCGAACGGUCAGUCCUAUACUAUUGGUUGCCAGGACGGAACCCUUGCCUGCUUUAAUAUUGCUUCGAGUACCGUGCACGCCCUAUACCGAGAGCGGUAUGCCUUCCGGGAAAACAUGUGUGACGUGAUCAUCCAGCACCUGAUCUCUGGCCAAAAGGUACGGAUCAAGUGUCGGGAUUUGGUACAGAAGAUAGCCAUCUAUCGGAAUCGAUUGGCGGUUCAGCUGCCGGAGCGUGUUGUUCUCUAUGAACUGAGCUCCGGCGAGGACCAGCCCAUGCAUUAUAAAGUGCGCGAGAAGAUCCAGCAAAAGUUUGACUGCAGCUUGCUGGUGGUCUGUGGCCGUCAUAUAGUCCUAUGUCAAGAGAAGCGACUGCAAUGCUUGGACUUUAUGGGUGUCUUGCAGCGAGAGUGGAUAAUGGACUCGUUUAUCCGAUAUAUUAAAGUCACUGGAGGUCCGGUUGGCCGGGAAGGACUCAUGGUGGGCUUAAAGAACGGCCAAGUGUUCCGUAUCUUUCUGAACAACUCGCUGCCUCUACUUAUAACAACUGCUGUAUCUGCUGUUCGGUGCCUGGAUAUAAAUUCAAAGCGUAGCAAAAUCGCUGUUGUGGACGACGUGGGACGUCUUGUAGUGCGCGACAUUAUCAAUGAUACGAUUUUGUACCAAGAUACGGGUGUGAACAGCGUUACCUGGAACACACAUCUGGACUCAAUGCUCUGCUAUACCCAUUCCACGGGCGGAUUAAGUGUUAGAGUGGGAAAUCUGCCACCAAGGGCUCCACAAAAUAUGCAUGGCGUAGUGGUCGGACUUUGUGGAGCGACAGCCUUCUGCCUGCGCGGAAAUAUCAUGCAUAAUACGCCAUUGGCUCUUGGUUCCACAAUGUGGCAGUUUAUCGAAGCUGGAUUGUUUGAGGAAGCUUACCAAGUAGCUUGUCUGGGUGUGACCACUAGUGACUGGGAGGGUUUAGCUCAAUCUGCUUUGGAGGCACUACACAUUAAUAUUGCACGCGAUGCCUACGUUAAAGUGAGAAACCUUCCCUGGCUCAAGCUGAUCGGUGAACUUCGAGAUCAGCAACAGCGAUCGGUUGUCCCCAAGGAGGUUCUACUGGCGGAAAACUGUGCCUUUGCCGGAAAGUUUAAGGAGGCAGCUCGCCUAUUUCUUAAAUGCGGCCAGUCAUCAAGAUCACUUGAAAUGUAUACAGACCUACGGAUGUUCGACCUGGCUCAGGAAUAUAUAAAGGACGGCACUGCACAGGAAAAGAAAGAACUAGUGCGCAAGAGAGCGGAAUGGGCAUAUUCGGUUAAGGAGCCACGAGCUGCUGCUGAACUUUUGCUCUCGGCUGGAGAAAACCAGAAGGCUAUUGACAUUGUUGCAGAGCAGGGAUGGGCCGAUGUUUUAUUUGACAUCGGACGUCGACUGAGUCUUUCAGAACGCGAUGCCUUAGAGUCAGUGGCUCAAAAUCUAAAGACCCUUAAAGCUCUACCCCUAGCUGCAGAGAUAUUCAAGAAGCUCGGGGACGAAGCCCAAGUAGUGCAGUUGCAUAUCGAGGUACGGGAUUGGCCCGAGGCUUUUCGCCUGGCGGAAUCCUUGCCAGAACUGUUACCAACAGUGCACUACCAGCAUGGCCAAUGGCUGGCCGAAACGGAUCAGUUUAUAGAGGCACAUCAGGCUUAUUUAAAAGCAGGACGCACCAAGGAAGCCAAUCGUUUACUAAAGCAACUGAGCAAUACUGCCAUCUUGGAGGAACGGUAUUUGGAUGCCAGCUACUUCUAUUGGCUGCUGGCAAAGCAAUAUUUAGAUGUUUAUCAUGCCAAGGAAGAACAAAAUCCCAUUGAUCACCACCUGACAGAGUACAAAAAUCAUUUACGUAUUGCAAAGGUCUAUUAUGCCUACAGCGUAAUAUAUUAUUAUAUGAAAGAACCUUUUACCACCCAUUCUCCAGUGAGUCUUUUUAACGUGAGCCGCUUUAUACUAAACGAAGUUGAGCAAAAGGGUGUCCCCAAAGGUGUAAGCAUGUUUUCGGUUCUUUUUACCCUGGCCAAGCAAGCAAAGUUUUUGCAGGCCAAUAAGUUGUGCCUUCUUAUUAACAAGAGAUUGCAGUCUUUAAAGCCACCAGCUGGAGUCCAAGAGCAGAUUGAUCUCAAUUUUCUAAAUAGCAAAGCGUGCAAGAGUGGCUUCAACGAUCCCGAGGAGCUUUUGCCACUUUGCUACAAGUGUUCCAAUUAUAGUCAACAUUUGAAUAACAAUUGUUGUCCCACCUGCCGGCAGGAUUACAUUUUCUCAUUCGUUUCCUUUGAAAUUUUACCCUUAGUACAAUUUUAUCCCGAAGUGGAUAUAUCAGAUGCCGAAGCAGAGCGUUUGUUGUUGGCUCCUGCAAAACAUGCAGAGGACACUGAUCCAUUUAAUGAGGAGGUAGCUAGUGCCUUGCCAUUGAGCUUGGAUCGAAAUGGCCUGCGUGCCAUAGAUCCAAAUCAUGUUCUGAUACUAAAAAGAAGGGGAAAAAAUGUCCGGAAUGUCUACUAUCGCAAUAUAUUGCCCGAUCUACAGGUUACCUAUUGCCCGCAAUGUCUGCUGGUGAGUUUAAACAGAAUCCAAUAUUUGAAUUUUAAUUUACAUGUAAUCUUUAUCAGCUAUUCUACGCCGAAGACUUUGAGCUGCAGGUUCUACAGAAAGGUUACUGUCCUUUUUGUCACACAUCCUCGGAGAAGUUGUUGGAAGACUUUUGAAAUAGCCCUAUAUAGUGUGUAAUACAAUAUAAUUUCCGUCCAAAACUGUACAAAUAGGAACUAUACAAAAAUAAGAAAGGUUUUAUGCCCAGGUUUCCUCCUGA